AUGCAAGCACUCACAAUUGGAGUUCGACUGACAAAAUCGAUCUGCGAAAGUCUAGAAGCAAAAAGAGUACGUUUGGAAGAGAUAAUCAUUCUCUGCGACAGCGAAAUUGUACUGAAAUGGCUGAAAAUGACACCAGGAUCAAAAGAAGUAGGAGUCCUUGUGAAAAAUCGAAUCCAUGAAAUCAGAAAAAUCGUAGCAGAACUGGUCAGAAAAGGAUUCAGAAUACGAUUUGGAUACGUUCGCACUCAUCUCAAUCCUGCUGAUUGCGCUACUCGAGGAUUGGUCAACUCCGAACUCAGUCAGCAUAUUUGGUGGACAGGUCCAACAUUCGCGACAACUCCAACGGAAGCAUGGCCAUCUGAAACAAAUUUGUUCCAACUUCCGGAAGAACCAGGAGAGGAAGAAGAAGAUUCACUCAACACUUCAAAUGACGUCUACAUGGCUAAUGUCGUCGUUAGCAAAGGAAAAGAGACAACCAAAAGGUCAGAAACGCUAUUCAAAUGCGAACGCUACUCUUCCUUCUUCAAAGCUCAGCGCAUAACAGCUCUUGUCCAGAGAUUCAUUGGAAAAAUCUCCAAAAAUCUGCCAGAAUCAAGGAAAAGAGAAAUUCAGGCAAAAGUUCAGUGGUCACAAGAACCGGAGCUCGGAAACCCAGCCAGAAUUGACAUCGAUGAAUUGAGAGCGGCGAAACAAAAUCUUAUCCGAGAUCAUCAGAAACAUGAGUUGGACAAGACCAAAAUCAAGAAAUGGAAAGACUUUCAAGUCUUCAAGGACACACAGAAAAUCUUCAGAUGUACAGGUCGAUUGGGGCAUUCCAGCCUGACAGAAGAAGCAAAGCAACCAAUACUGAUAGCACCAAACUCAGCAUUGGCACAACUCAUCAUCAUGGAAGCUCAUGGAGAAAAACACGUCUCUUUAGCUCAUACAAUGGCGGAAGUCAGGAAAACCUACUGGAUUCCUAAACUUCGUCAACAGACCAAACACAUCAUCAGUCAUUGCUCAGAAUGUCAAAGAUUCAAUAAACUGCCGUACAGGUAUCCAGAUAUGGAAGACUUGCCCAAAGAAAGAGUGACCAGAGCAACACCCUUUCAGCACAUUGGACUGGAUUAUUUCGGACCUCUCAAUUUUGAGAAAGAAGACGGAACUCAAGGAAAAGCCUAUGGAGGAAUCAUCACAUGUUCAAUCACAAGAUUGAUCUACCUUGACCUCAUGCCAGACUUGACCACAGUCUCCUUCUUGGGAUUUCUCAGAAGAUUCUUCUCCAGACACGGAGUACCACACUCCAUUGUCUCGGACAACGCACCAACGUUUUCUCUGGGAGAACAAAUCAUUCAAGACGCAGUCAAAAGUGCAACGAGAGAUGAUAUCAUUCAAAACCUUAUCGAAAGAGAAGGAAUCCGAUGGAAAUUCAUAACGCCGUAUUCUCCGUGGCAAGGAGGAUUCUACGAAAGACUCAUCAGAUCAGUGAAACUUUCCUUGUACAAAUCACUGCGAAACAAGACAUUGAACUUUGAUCAAUUGGCAACAGUUCUCAUCGAAAUUGCGGGAACACUAAACACUCGUCCGCUCACCUACUUGGAGUCGAAAUGGGAAUCAUCCCCAAUACUCAGACCAAUCGACUUUCUACAGAAGGAUUUGGAGAUCAAAUUCCCAUGGGAAGAUUCCAAUGCCGACUCAGAUGCAGCAUACUUACCUCCAGAAGAAGCUUCCCAACUUCGAACAAGAACACAAGCGGUGGCAGCGCUACAGUACUCACACGAAGCAACAGAAAAAUUCUGGAACAUUUGGCAGACUCAAUACCUGACAAAUCUGAGAGAACAUCAUCAACAACAAAUUGGAAACUCCAGAUCUACGCAGACCCCUGAAGAAGGGGAUGUCGUUUUAUUGGUAGACCCGAACCAGACGAGGAACAACUGGAAAACCGGUCGAAUCACCAAACUUCAAACAAGCAAGACAGGAGCAGUACGAGAAGUGGAAGUCCUACUUCCUACGAAAAGGACAGUCCGCAGACCAAUCAAUUUAUUGGUGCCCAUGGAACUUUCCGACCCAAGAGAACCAACAGCCAAAUCAAAAGUCCUACACAACGAUCAGGACAUCAAUCGAAGGACCAAGGAAGACACUUCAGACAAAGAAGAAAUUCACGUCCAGAGAAGAUACAACCUUCGACCAAAAACAUCAGUCAAAUACAAAGAAGACUCAGACUCAGAGAACGAGAUUGAAGCUGAACCCACAGAACCAGAUCCCAGGCAAAACGGAUCAAGAAGGUCAUCUUUCGCGCUCAGUUCAGCAAUUUUUCAAGUCUCACUUCUUCUUUGUGUCACAUUAGCCAGUGCCAGCCCAGUACUUCCAUCAAAUUCAUCAAGUUGGAGCUGGAAAUGUACCGCAGACGGAGUCAGAAUUCAAAACCACACGUUUUUGAAAAUGGAAGUGUGCGCAGAAUCACAUUGUUCAACACACUACUCCACCAGAGGCGACACUGAAAUAUGGAUUCCAGCGUCAGUACAACUUCAUCGUCACACAGUCAAGCUGAAAGGAACAGAUGGGAAACUAAUUCAGACAGCCGAAAUGGACUGCGAAGCCAAACCAUUCUGCAAAUCAUUGGAUUGCACCCUUUGCAUGGACAACCUAGCGAAUCCAGAAUGUUCUCCAACAUUGGCCAUUUUGGGAGCCGGCAUUGUCAUCUACGGGAUCAUCAGUUUCAUAUACUGCCUCUUCUGGGUCCCAAUCCGCUUUGGAGCUCCAUUGGUUUGCUCACUCAGAGGAAUAAAAUGGAUAGCUACUCUCAUAGCGAAAGGAAUCUGGAGUGUCCUAAAAUUCAUGACAAAGGUCGUCUACGAGACUCUCUUCAGAUGCUGGAAAAAAGAGAAAAGACGUUCAAACACCAGAACAAGAAUGUGGAAAGACAUCUCGACCUCUACGACUUCACUACUUCUGAUGGCAUUGAUUGCAGGAAAUCAGGCCUGUCAAGAAAUCGAUGUCAUGUCCCAUCAUUCGAAGAUCUGCAACGGAAACGACUGCGAAGUUCAACUAGAAGAAGUUUUCCAUUUGAAUCCAUUCAAACGAGAAGCUUGUCUUCAAAUAACUCACGACAACACGACCCUGAGAGAAGUCAGAGCAGAAUGGCUGAAUUUGACGCUAGAGUGCUCCAAAGAAGUACUCACAUUCACGAGAGAAGCCGAAUACAACGUUCUGAGUGUGAAAAGGUGUCCCAGAAUGGGCUCUUGUUCUGGAGAAAAAUGCAGCAACAUAACCAGACAAUCAUUGAUUCCAGAACUUGCACAAGUCAACAACUUCACUGGAAUAACUGGAUGCUCCGAAUCAUGCGGAGGACCAGGUUGCGACUGUUUUUAUCUCAGUUCCGGAUGCCUUUUCUACAGGAUCUACAUGAAACCAGUCAACAAUAAAAUUCACACUCUGUUCCGCUGCUCAGAGUGGAAAGAAAAACUCUUCGUGAAAUGGACAACGACAGAAAUCAACUCCUACAAGCCAGCGUCCACAUCAACAGUACUAGUACUUCGUCCAAACAUUGAAGUACUUACUCGCCAUGCCAAAAUAACUCUCAGUUCCCUGCAUACUCCAAACGUGCCACUCACGAACUCCUGGUUCAUACAAACCGAUCAAAGCAUCGCGACUUGGCCGCAGGAGAAAUGGCCCGACCUCAGGUGCAGAGACUGGCUAGCCGCAGAAAACAUGAACUGCACACUCAUUGAAAAUUGCAGAUGUUCACCUGCAGAGACAAUCAUGCGUUGCACUUGCAAAAAUCUCAACAUUUCAGCCCAUAUGAGCUCAUUUGGAAACCAACUUCCAAUCAACACUCCGAGCUGGACAAUGAAGUCAGCGAAGAAAGGACCGAAACUGUACUUCGACUCAGCAACCACAACCGAAAUAACAUUAAGAACGACGGAAAAAAUCGACGUCACGAUCAUCAGACAUGAAGACAACUGUCAGAUUGAAACCACUCACGUUUCGGGAUGUUAUGGAUGCAAAAAAGGAGCAGAAACAAUGGUCACCUGUUUCUCAGAAACCAAGCAACUAAUGGGCGAAAUCAAAUGCUCGGAAACGGCAUUUACAGUUCCCUGUUCAAAAACAGGCUCAACAACACAGAUUCGAUUCUACGUCGAUCAAGCUCAUUUUCAAGAAAACUGCACAAUUCAAUGUGGAGGAAAAAACAUCAAUCAGUUUGAAGUAAUUGGUGUCCUAAAAUUCACAGGAUCUCCUCUUCAGACAGUCCAAGCGCUUUUAAAAGGAGAAAAGAUCAAUCUCAACGAAAUCACAUGGCCAGACUUCAUGCAUAUCAUGGAAGUUUAUCAGACGUGGAUUAAAACUACGAUGAUCACACUCAUUGCCAUUCUAGCAGCCCUGGCGAUUUCAUACAUCUUUAUCAUACCACUUCUUCCAGGACUAGUGAGGAAAAUGGCUAAAACUGGCUUUCUUGGGUUCCAGAUCAUCCUAUGGAGUCUAAAAAUUAUAGUCAACGUCACUCUAGUCAAACCAGCAACCAUCAUGUGUCAUUUUUUUGGGUGGCGCCGAAGACAUUCCGGACACGAAAAAAUGCCACGUCAUAUGGUCUAAAAAUUCACUCCAAAGCGCCUUCUACACAUAUUUGUCAACAUUUUCUUCACUUCAUUCAUUCGAGAUCCAUAAACUCCAUCAUACCAACAAUCAAAACAGUCACCCAACCACAAAAAUCAACGCAACCUCAACAAGCAUUCAAUCCGAGGCGGGAACCGUCGGACGACGACCACUCAUAAAACUCAGAGAACAACGCUAAGGAAAGCGGAAAAGCAAUUUUUUGUGUUCAUUUUUUUCCUCAUUUUAUUCAUUUAAUUUUCUCAUUUUUUGUCUCUUUUCCGUUCAUACUUUUUCACUCAUAUUUUUCAUUUUAAAAUGCAAUGCUAACUUCAUUCCUCAUCCAUCCAAAUUCAUCUCCUAAUUCAUAAUAAUUCAUCUCAACUCAUCUCAGGCGGGGAGUGUCGACACCGACUCAAAGGUAGAUGCCUCCCCGCCACUCAGAGGAUGACGUGGCUGGCUCGCCAGGGGAAAGGUCCAUUAGGAGCCAUUCCAUUACCUGUCUAGCCAGCCACGUCGUUCCCUCAAACCAUUUAACCUUUCAUUCUUUUUUUCAUUUUUUUACUCAUUCUUAUUGUUUAUUUGAAUUUAUUACUUUAUCGUUAUAAUUUGUUCGCGGAAUAUUUAUGAUAAAGGUUUAAUUACCCAAGUUUGAGGUUGAACGGAUCGCUGUCCGACCCGCACUCAACGCUCACUCAGGAAGACCCGCGUGGCAGGCAACAACACCGCUAAGCAGGGAGCGGCAACGAAAAGAGUCAGUUUCUACAUUUUCUCAAAUCAAGAGAAAUUCAGUAGGACUCCAAUUUGACUCUUUUCCUCAACCUACUCAUCUAGCUCAGACAAAAAACCAUAGUCAUCCCCUUUUUAGUUCCCGUCCCCAGAUCACCAACGCCGCCACCAGAAGAUGAACCCCCGAUCCUUCCCGAAGAAGUCAAGUACGCCAUCAGGAAGCUGAAGGUCGGAACGGCCGCAGGACCCGACAACAUCUCAUCCGAACUGCUGAAGGCUGGAGGAGACUCGCUGUACCGACUACUUGCCCGGCACUUCUCCAAGUACCUGAGCGAAGCCUCUAUUCCUGAACAAUGGAAAACGUCCAAGACGAUCCUCAUUCCGAAGAAGGGCGACCUCACCGACCUGAACAACUUCAGACCGAUCUCCCUCUUAUCGGUCGUCUACAGGUUGUUCACCAAGGUCAUCGUCAACAGACUAGAGAAGCAACUCGACAACUUCCAACCGCCUUCGCAGGCUGGCUUCCGACGCAACUACUCUUGCCUCGACCACAUCCACGCCUUGACCCAGGUGGUGGAACGGCACCGGGAGCACCAGAUGCCACUUGCGUUGGCCUUCGUCGACUACUACAAGGCAUUCGACAGCGUGGAGAUCAACGCCGUCUUGAAUGCUCUUGCCUCCGCCGGAGUCGCCACGAAGUACGUCGAGCUGAUCGCCAACAGCAACGAGGGAACGUACACGACCAUCCAGCUGUUCGACAAGAAGCUUUCGAUCCCCAUCAGGAAAGGUGUUCGCCAGGGAGAUACCAUCUCCCCCAAGUUGUUCUCCACGGCACUAGAAGACGCGAUGCGCCAACUUGGAUGGGACGAAGAGCACGACUGGGAAGACAGUACAGACAUCAGAGGCAUCAACAUCGACGGCAAGGUCCUCUCAAACCUCCGCUUCGCCGACGACAUCGUACUCUUCUCAAGCUCCACCACCGAACUUUCCUCUAUGCUGAACGAUCUGGACGAAGUCGGCAAGAAGAUCGGCCUUAAGAUGAACGUCAAGAAGACGCAGUGGAUGAAGAACCGCUUCUGCGACCAAGGCAAAGUCACCCUUGAGGGCCGCGACCUUCAGGAGGUCACAUCCUACAUCUACCUUGGCCGGGAAGUAAACAUGGUGAACGACCUGCAAGCAGAGAUCGGCAGACGCAAACGCGCUGGAUGGGCCGCCUUCAACUCCAUCAAAGAAGUCACCAGUCAGCUGAAAGACCCGAAACUGCGAGCUCACAUCUUCGAAGCGUCGAUAAUCCCUGCCAUCUCCUACGGUACCGAAGUUUGGCCUGACACGAAGAAAAAAAUGCAACCGCCCUACGAACUUCCUACCGCGCACUGGAACGUGCUCUCAUCGGCACCACUCGCUUCGAGCAGUGGAAAAAAGAACAGAGGAGCACAGACCUCCGUCAACUAUCCCAAAUCCGGGAUCUAGAAGAGCACAUACAACGCGGGAAACAUCGUUGGGGCGGCCACGUCAUCCGCAGACAAGACGACCGCUGGUCCACGAGAUUAACACACUGGAUUCCGAGAAACAUCAAGCGCCCACUCGGGCGCCCACCGACCAGAUGGACGGACUACUUCCGCAAGAACAUCAGUCAGCCAGGCCGCCACUGGAUGACCGUCGCGCAAGACCGAGCCGCCUGGAGAACGUGUGGUCCACGCUGA